AAUUGAAACCAACCCUAAACUCCUUUUAUCUCCACUCUAAAGAGCAAAAUCCCUCCAAUCAGCUGCUAGGGAACAAAGGCCUAUGGUUCCAAUGACAGAGAAAGGUGAUGGCAGUGUUAGAUGAAAGCUCUGGAGGGACUGGACACCACAAUUCGGCGAUGAUAGUCAACCACUAUCAUGAACACAUGCUGCUGAGAAGCCAGCAGUCUCAUCUCAUGUUCUUGUCCUUGCUAGAGCAUGAGUUGUGCGCUGACAAGCUCAAACACUUGCUACCGAGGUCAGUCAUGAGGUUUAAAGGUCGAACACGAAGUGCAGAGCUCAAACAUGAGUUGCUGAGGUCAACCAUAAGCCGCAAAGGUCGAGCACAAAGUGCAGAGUUCAAACAUGAGCUGCCGAGGUCAACCACUAGCUGUAGAGCUCAAACACUUGCUUCCGACUUCAACCACGAGCUGCAGAGAGCUCAAACACUUGCUGCCGAGGUCGAGCACAAAGUGCAGAACCAAACACGAGCUGUCGAGAAACCAAACACAAGUUGCCGAGGUGAGCCACGAGCUUCAGAAGUUGAGCACGAAGUGCAUAACUCAACCACGAGCUGCAGAGCUCAAACACGAGCUGCCGAGGUCAACCAUGAGAUGCAAAGGUCGAGCACAAAGUGCAGGGGUCGAUCACAAAGUGCAGAGCUCAAACAUGAGAUGCCGAGGUCAACCACGAGCUAUAGAGCUCACUCUACCAAGGUUGAGCCCGAAGUGCAUAACUUAGCACGAGCUUCCGAGCUCCAACACUUACUGCCGAGGUCAGCCACGAGCUGUAGAGGCCAAGCACGAAGUGCAGAACUUGAACACGAGGUGCAGAGGUCGACUACCGAGGUCAGCCACGAGCUGCAGAGGCCAAGCACGAAGUGUAGAACUUGAACACGAGAUGUGAAGAAGUUUAGAGAAUAUUGUAUUGAAUAUCUUUAUCAACAACUUGUGCUUAAACUAGAGUUUUUGAUCUUUGAGAGAUCUUUGAGAGAUCUUUGUUUGUAAUCCUCUUCUUGUGCUAUUAGUGAGUGAUCUUGGGGAUGUGUUGAUUCCUUCAAGAGUGAUCUGUAGAGAGGAUCUUUGGGAUUAAAGUGUAAAGGGGUGAGAUUUGAGAGAAACCCUUCUUCUUGUAAAGGAUUGAGUGGCUCCUUUAAGCCACCAUUGUUUUUUAUAAUGGAUAGUGUGAAGGAAAUCCUUGGUGAGUGAAGCCAAGGUAGAGGACUAGGUUCCAAGUGGUUGGACAGAACCUCUAUAAAAUCAUUGUGCAAGC